GUUUUUUUAUUUCCGUUUUUCUUUUUCGUGAGUUUUUCUUCAAUCGAGUUUCAUUUCUUCUGAGAUUCUUCCCGGCGGCGUGUAUUGGCCGCGGCGUUUGCUGAUAUUGUUUUGCAGUGUUUAAAAAACAGAGGCUGAAUGUUGUGAUGGAUUCCGAGUUUUGUAAGGAGUCUAGUAGUAAUUAUCCCCAAUACGAAACCCCUUUAGGCUACAAGAUUGAAGACGUUCGACCUCACGGUGGUAUUGACAUCUUCCGCUCUGCUGCUUACUCAAACUGCGUUCGAAAGCCAUCCUGAUAUUUCUAUUGCAGUUGCUGUACUGUAGAAGUAGAUUAGUUUGUUAAUUUAAUAAUUCUGUAUGCUUGGAGCUGGUCUGUGGCUCUCCUGCACGGCUGGCAGAUAAGCUCCUCAGUUCUGUGGACUGGCAAUUUCUCCCCCAACGCUUUGAUAAGUUUCCGCUACAAUAUAACACUCAUUUCAGUGAAACCCCACCUUUCUCUUCCCUGCAAAGGCAUUAAUAACAGAAGUUUUUUAAAUAGUUCACGAUGGUUGUGUCUUGUGGACAAUACGUUACUCCUACAAUGUAUGCCAUUGGAUUUGAAGGAUUCGAAAAGAGACUUGAGAUUGAAUUUUUUGCAACACCAUUCUUUGCUGAUCCUGGGGGCAGGGGUCUGAGAGCCCUCACUCGUCCUCAACUAGAUGAAAUUCUGAAACCGGCUGAAUGCACCAUUGUAUCUGAGCUGUCAAAUGAGCAUCUUGAUUCAUAUGUUCUCUCAGAAUCGAGUAUGUUUAUCUAUCCAUUCAAGAUAGCCCUGAAGACUUGUGGAACCUCAAAGCUUCUACUUUCAAUUCCUAAGAUCUUGAGCAAUGCAAGUGGUUUGUCACUCUCUGUAAAGGCUGUGAAGUAUACUAGAGGGACAUUUUUCUUUAAUGGAGCACAAUCUUUUCCUCAUCGCAGCUUUGCCGAGGAAAUAUCAUAUUUGGAGAAGUAUUUUGGAAUGCUUGGUUCUGGUGGAAAAGCAUAUGUAAUGGGAGAUCCAGAUAAGAAUUACAAAUGGCAUGUUUAUUCUGCUUGUGCAGAUGAUGGUGCUUCUAAUGAAAGCUCCGACCCUGUAUUUACACUGGAGAUGUGCAUGACAGAGCUGGAUCGUGAGCGCGCUUCACUAUUUAACAAGAGCAAUAUUAAAUCAGCAGGUGAAAUGACUCUCAAUUCAGGGAUUCGUGAUAUUCUACCUGGCUCUGACAUUUGUGACUUUGAGUUUGAUCCCUGUGGAUACUCCAUGAAUGCAAUUGAAAGGGAUGCUGUUUCUACAAUUCAUGUAACCCCUGAGGAUGGGUUUAGUUAUGCGAGCUUUGAAGCAGUGGGUUAUGGUCCCCAAGAUGUUGAACUCAAGCAACUGGUUGAGAGGGUUUUAUUCUGUUUCAAGCCAGAGGUAUUCUCCAUUGCUCUUCACGUUAGUGCUCCUGUUGGGCAAUCAUCGUGGACUGUAUUUGAUAAGCCUCCUCAGGGGUAUUUUUGUGACAUGACAAGUGGAGUAGAGCUUACAGGAAGCAGCAACAUGGUGUAUAUGACUUACAGGAGCAGUGCUAAGGAAUCUCACAGGACUACCUUGCCUUUGCUUGCCUGGGAAGAGGAAAGUUUGUUCACGAGUGAAAAGAAGCAAAAUUGGGACGCAUCUGAACCAUCUCCCAAAACUACUUUAUCCCUGCAUUCCUGGGAAGAGGAAAGUGAUGGAAGUGACGGCUGAAGAUUUGCGUUGCAAUACUAUUGAAUGAGCAAAUAUGGGAUCUCAAUGGAUUAACUUUUGAUAUGGCAUGUACAAUUGGCAAACAUUUUCUUCGUAGGUUUAGAUUGAAAAUAAGUAGUAGUGGAUCAGCAUGUUGUUCUAUAGUGCAGUUUAUGGUUCGCUGUGUUGGGGGAGGGUCCUAGCGUAGGUCUAUGUUUUAUGUUAAAGGUCAUAUGGUACGUUUGAUAGAUGAUCAUUUCUUCUGUUGUAGAUUGAUGUGAUUUUCACUUUUGAAUAAAUACAAAGUUUUAGUGCA